AUGACUGGCCAAAAAAGAUUGUCGACAUAUUGGCCCAACCGAUUCAUCUUUUCUAGUCAAUUUCUAUUGCUUCCCUUCACUAUUAUCUUGCUGAUAUUUCCAAUUGUUAAUGCCGAGAGUAGGUGUAAUUAUGUUACGCUUGUCAAAUGUUUUAUCGAAAUUCUUGACGAGUGGACUUGGACACUUUAUGAGCUAAAAGAUAAUGUUGUGACAAUAAACAAUGAUCAGUGUCAGCACCUUAGAGAAUUGGACAAAUGCAUUCAGGCGAGAAAAUUUGAAAUACCUGAGAUUAUUAAAAUGAGUACAAUCUAUUUUAUGGAUGAAGGUCCUGAACAACACGAAUGUAGUCAUUCAGAGGUUGUAGCUGCUAGUAAUACAGUUAGUGAUUUGUUAACCCACAGAAAGAAUUCUGGCAGCUUUCUUAAGAGUUACUAUUUGCUUACUUAUGCAUGUUCAGACGAAGGUCAGAAAAUGCUUAGUGAGCACAGACCAUGUCUCUCAAGGGAACGUAUUGGUGAAAUGACCAUUAGUGCAGGCACCUACCUCAGCGAAAAAUUUUUGGAUCAUCCGGAUGAGGAAGUUUGUACUGCUGUGAAUAAUAAAUUACAAGAAUAUAUGGAGGCAAUGGCAGGUCUUUGUCGUGAGGAAGCUUCUUUGAUUAUGUGUCGUUCGCUUACUGGAAUGUUUAAGGGUCUACACUCUGAUAAACUGGCUGAUUGCGAAUUUAGUUGUCUUAGAAAGCAAGAAAGUUCUCAACGCGAUUCACAACAAGAACAACCUCAACAAGACCAGCAAUACGACGAAAAUUCUACUGCAGAAGAGGGAGACGAAGGUGAAGCAAAUCAAGGAGAGACAGAACAUCUGACCGGUGGAAGUAUUGGAGGAAAAACACAAAAGCUAUGGUGGAUAAUGAUAAUAGUAGCAUUGUUUGUAAUCACAGCUUCGUUGAUCGGUCUUUAA